AUGGAUGCUUCAAUUGUCGUACAUCCUAUCCAAGUCCAAUACACUGGCGUUGUUGGUAAACAAGUUCACAGUCGACUUUUAACCGAUGCUGGUUUCACCGCGCUACCGGGGGUGAAGAAGACUGCGAUUGAUCCAGAUAACAAGGACGUGAAUAAGUUUGCCAUGGUGGCGUUGGGAAUAGUGGUGGACAAGAAGGUUAUCAGAGGUUCAUAUGGGGAUGGUAUUUGUUCAACGGUGCUUACGGUGAAAGCCGUAGAUAAAGAUCCAAUUACACGUAGUCCAGUAAUGUGGUUGACCAAGCAUCAUGUCAGCUCGGCUUUAGGCGAAGUAGCAAUGAAACAGGGUUGCGAAUUGGGAGCGGAGGUAGAAGUCUCGGGGAUAGUUGUCGGAUAUGACGCUGAGAACUUCAUGUGGGAGACCAACGUUUACGCUAUGACGGUAUGUGGCGCGGCAGUCCAAGAUGCACCACGUGGUCGAAUGGAUACGGUUCCAAAAACUUUGGGGUACCUUCGGCAGUGGCAAGGCUCGCCCGCAUCAAAAUUGCACCAAGCGCCGUAUGAGAUUCGGCGAAAGCAGAUUGCGGAAUAG